AACAAAGCGGCGACGCCCCAAUCCCCCAACCCUCUUUUACUCUCUCUCACCCACUCCCGUCUAUGCAAAAGCCCCGGUCGUUUGCGCUUAUUUACGGGAAGAGGAUGAUCAAUCACUCUUCCCUCAACUGAACCCCCCCGAGGCCUAAACGACGAACCACCACGUCCGGUGGAUUGCUCGCCGGAAUCUGGCGCCAUGCCGCCGGAAGAAGCUGUUUCCCGCUCUCCGCUCGACAAACCGCUCCACCUUCUCACUGAAGAAGACAUUUCUCAACUCACUCGCGAAGAUUGCCGCCGAUACCUCAAACAAAAAGGGAUGCGGCGGCCGUCGUGGAACAAAUCGCAGGCGAUCCAGCAGGUCAUCUCGCUGAAGAAGCUUCUGGAGACUUCGUCGGACUCGGACGCCGGAGCUUGGAAGAAGCUCUACAUUCCGCCUCUCGAGAAUCCACAUCGCGUCUCCAAAGCAACAUGUGGCGAUACCCCAAUUUGUGUUCCCGCCCAAGAAUCGGUUCCGUACCGGCGCAAAGACCCCGAGAAGUCCGAUCUUUGCGGCGAGUUCCCGGGUCAUCCGCUGGGAGCCAGCAAUGACUCGGUGUCUCCUAGAAAUGAAUGCAGAACUGCAGGUGCAACAAACAACACAGUAGGGCAAAUGACAAUAUUCUAUUGUGGUGAAGUGAAUGUUUAUGAUGAUGUGCCAGCUGAGAAGGCACGAGCACUAUUGCAGCUUGCUGCAAGCCCAUUCCAGUUGCCUAUGGAAGGCCCACUUGAUGAAACUACAGCAAGACAACCUUUGCCAUGCCAUUUACAGGCUGCAAAUGUCAAAGUCAGCCCAGAGUCCCCUGUUACAAUCUUGUCAACAUCACAAGCAGUGAACACAAUUGACAACUGCCGCCUGCUCAGGGAGGAAAGUGGUGCAUUUCGUGAAGAUAAUCCUGCAGCUGAAGGACCAGGAAACAGAAAAGCCUCAGUGCAAAGAUACCUUGAAAAACGGAAAGACAGGUUCAAGAGCAAGAGAAAGGUUGCAGUUCCUUCAUCUACUAGCUUGGACAUUUACUUAAACCAUCAAUUGGGUCCAAUCCAGAAUGAGCAUUCAAACAGGGGUGACGCAGGCUCCUCACCUCAAAUCAGACCACCCAACACCCCUGCCAGGUCCAGCUCAAUGGAGAAUAACAUAGUGAAGAAUGCCAAUCUUGCAGCUGGUCCAAAUGACAAAGAUUUGCAAGAUUGAAUUUGGGGCUUCUUGUCUCGGUGGACCAUGUCAGUGUCGUAUGCUCAUGCUAUCUAAGCACCGUGUGGAGCUCCAUAUAAUCAAAGAUGGCCCGGUACAAAGGACGGGUAAAAAAUGUAAGUGUCCUUAUAAUAUCGUAAUUUGGAAUGUAAGACCUACUAUUUCUUUAUUGUUGCGGUUUGAGUUAAAUGUCGAGAAGUCCCAUCUCUAUUUAAUUCCUCUGCAAAUUGUCAAGCCUACCACAAUCUCCAUCCGCGUCAUUUUUGUUCUCUCACCUCAAAGAAACACAUGAUUUUGAUAUAUUUCUGUUAGUGCUUGGUGGAUAUCAGAAGCUUGAAAAGUGUUCUGGACUGGAGCUUGUAAUUCAUUGGAAAU